GUUACAUAUUUGGGUAAGGUUUCCACAACAGGGAUGCAAUUUUUGUCAGGCUGCACAGAGAAACCAGUCAUUGAAUUAUGGAAGAAGCACACACUCGCCAGGGAGGAUAUUUACCCAGCUAACGCUCUUCUGGAAAUUCGACCUUUCCAAGUCUGGCUGCAUCAUCUGGACCUCAAAGGUGAGGCGACAGUCCACAUGGAUACCUUUCAGGUAGCACGUAUAGCCUACUGCACUGCUGACCACAAUGUCAGCCCAAACGUCUUUGCUUGGGUCUAUCGGGAGAUCAACGAUGACUUGUCCUACCAGAUGGACUGCCAUGCUGUAGAGUGUGAGAGCAAGCUGGAGGCCAAGAAGCUGGCUCAUGCUAUGAUGGAGGCAUUUAAGAAGACUUUUCAUAGCAUGAAAAGUGAUGGCCGGAUCCACAGGAACAGCUCGUCGGAGGAAGUGUCUCAUGAAUUUGAAUCUGACGAUGGCUGA